ACCAAACCCCUCACACCUGCCUCAGCAUCUGAGCCUCCCAGUCCUCCCACUCGUCUUCAUCAGCCGCUCGUGCAAUUGUGCGUUUAAAUCCGUGCUGCUCUUUGAUGGUUUUAAAAAGGGCCGACAACAAACAUUCAUCAAAGUGGAACCAGCAGCACGUGGUCUUCAUCAAAACCUUCAGCAAGGGAAUCAAUCUACCACACCUUCAUCACAAUAUGGGUUCCAGCUCCAGUUGCACCCUAUUUUUUUUACACGAACUGGACAGAUUAAAGUGGGAGGGGGGAUGUGAGACGAGGGGGGUGGCUGAGGGGAGGAGAGGGUUGUGAGAGUUGGAAGAGGUCACCGUGAGAGAAAUAAGUGAAUGGAAAGCCCAGCAUGGAUGCAGCUCGUGUGUGCAGCUGCAGCACGCUGUCCUGCAUCCCUCAGACCCUUCACAGGACCCCGAGGUCAAGCUAGCGUGCCUGUUUCCAUGGCAACACAGAGGUACCCAUCUGUGAACGGGACAGCAAUCCCAGAGACCCCUGUGGGUUCAAACGCUACAAUCUUUGAGCGGGACGCUCUGCUGGCCGUGGCUGAGGUGGUGGUGCUGGCUGUCAUCCUCGUGAUGGCGUUGCUCAGCAACGGGAUGGUGCUGAUGGUGUUGCUACGGCGGGGGAAACGUCACAGCCCGCUGCACCAGUUUAUGCUCAACCUCUGUGUGGCUGACCUGGUGGUGGCGCUGUUCCAGGUGUUACCCCAGCUGGUGUGGGACGCCAAGGGCCGCUUUCCUGGUCCUGACUUCUUGUGUCGCCUGGUGAAAUACCUCCAGGUCCUCGGGAUGUUUGCAUCCUCAUACAUGAUAGUAGCCAUGACGGUGGACCGCCACUAUGCCAUCUGCUGCCCCCUGCAGGCACAUCGCAGCUGGGCCACAAAGAGGUGGAACACACCCAUAGCUGUGGCCUGGGGGCUGUCACUGCUGCUCAGUCUGCCUCAGGUUUUCAUCUUCUCCCGUUCAGAAGUGGCUCCAGGUGUGUAUGAAUGUUGGGGGAACUUUGCUGAGUCUUGGGGGCUGAAAGCGUACGUUACCUGGAUGACCCUGGCUGUCUUCCUCCUUCCCGUCCUCAUCAUUGCUUUCUGUCAGGUGCGCAUCUUCAGAGAGAUUCAUCACAACCUGUAUCUGAAAUCAGAGAGCCGUCCGUCCAGGAAAUCCCCAUCCCACAGAGGAGGCAGAAAUGUUCGGGAAAAGGGAGGAGGAGCAGGGAGGUUCUGCCUCCCCCUCGGUGUCUCCUCUUUUAUGUUCAAAGAUCAUAGGAAUUCUGACAGUUUUUACCCAAGAUCCACCUCACAACACCUUCCGAUGGGCCCACGCAGGUCCACACGGACUGAGACUCCUCCCUUAGUUUCAGUCCUGCCAUUUGACCCUAGAGCGCCCCCUGCUGCCAGCUCCAUGCGCCCACCUGAGGCCCCCCAAGGUGGACAGGUGACGGCUGCCAUGUCAAAGACUGUGAGGAUGACCCUGGUCAUCGUCGUGGUCUACUCGGUGUGCUGGGCGCCCUUCUUUAGCGUGCAGAUGUGGGCCGCCUGGUACCCUGACCCCCCCCAGAGAGAUGCAGCUUUCACCCUGCUGAUGCUGCUGGCCAGCCUAAACUCGUGCACCAACCCGUGGAUCUACUCCGCUUUCUCCAGCAGCGUCUCACCUGAGCUCCGCCUGCUGCUCUGUCGGGGGAGCUUUCAUCACAGAGGCUCUUUACCCGGAGACUCCAACACCACACACACCUCCAACGCCUGAGCAAAUGACAGCGAACACUUGGCUAAAACAGGAAAAAGGAGUUUUUGCUGCACGACUGUGACACAGAAAAAUCGGCGUAACUAUAUCAUUUAUAGCCUAUGACAGUCCUGCACUGGAUGAAACAGGGGUUAGAUGCAGGAGAGGUCCCUGAUGUGGUCAUCAUCAUCGAACUAGGUUGACUUUUUUGUCAGUAUUGUGCCAGAUUUCUCUGUCUUGUAAAACUACAAAACUUUGCCUUCAUCAGGAUUUCCUCCGUUUGUAAAAUAAGAUUGUAAAAUAAAAUUUCCUGAUUUAGCUUAGAAUAGAAUAGAAUAGAAGAGAAUAGAAGAGAAUAGAAGAGAAUAGAAGAAACAUCAUUGCCAGCAGCAGUUAAACUGUGGGUGGUCUGACAGCAGCAGUGCACAGGGCAAUAGAGUGAAAGAAAAAAGAGACAGCACAAGACGAAAGGCAAGAAACAUGGUGAUAGAAUACAAGAAAUGAAUUGAUAAAUAGAAUUAGGGAAAAGGUGAUUUACAGUUAUGUGUUCAGUGUUUGUCCAUUUUACAGAGGGAUCAUUUGGGGGGGUUUAGCAUUUGAAUGGCCCAGGGGAAGAAACUGUUUGGGAGUGUGUUGGAGUGUGAAUUGAUCGACCUGUAGCGCCGUCCUAAAGGUGUCAGGUCAACGGGUGGGGGUGGGGUUGGAUCAUCAAAGAUAGUUAUACUAUAGCUGAGAUUCUUCUUUGUCUAAUAAACAUACGCUAUAUUACUAAAAGUA